AGUGGCGGCCACAAAUUACCGACACCGCCUCCAAUUUUUUCACCUCCAUUAUCCCCUCCACAUAACUCCUGAUUAUUCAGCAUCACCCUCACAGUCACAGGCUCACAGCCUCCUUCCUCUUUUUUACCUUUUUUUGUGUGUGUGUGUGUGAAAAUGGCUUACAAAUUUGCACCGGCCGAAAUUAAAAUACUACCCGGUACAAUUAUUUCGGCCGGUAUGCAACUUUUCAUUCGGUACCGCUGAGAAAUUAACUGGUACAGUAUAAUGCCCUAUAGUUCACUGGUUUUAUGACAAAUUCCGUAUGUAUUGACCAUACCAACUGGUUUGGUAUGAGAUUCACAAUUUGUUUAGAAGAUUAGUAGCUUAAUUGAGGGGCCAAUAUUAGGAUUAUUCCUAUGGUGCAAACCUUUAUUUUUAUGCUCUUCGACUUCAUAUAUAUAAUGAUCUGAACAUCUUUACCAACACCUUAAAUCGGUUUGAUGGUCUUCAAAUCCUCUUCAUUCUUUUAUCCAUCACCUUACCGUAUACUGAUAUAUAUCUCUUCAUGCUUAUCUUGUGCUGAAUAUAUAUCUUAGUUUGUACGCUAUGCUUGACGCGCUGGCAGUUGUGUUACUAGCCCUCUUCAACUUUGUAUAUUUAAUUGGAGGUCAGGGUUACUAUGUUAACGAUGGCAACUAUAUAGGUUCCAAUCCCAUAUUAAUUGGAGUAACAGCUCCAAAUCAUGGUAGUAUAAGUUUAGUAGCCACGCCAACCAUGUCGCUUGAUGCUAGAUCAUAAUGGUCUACUCCAAAUGCAUUUCUAGGUAAAUGCACAUUCACAGCUAGUAGCAUUGAGUAUUGUGUCAUAGUCCUAUAUUGUUGCUUUGGUAGAUUACCUACUCAAUUUUCUUCUUGUAAAAUAUAUCAAAUUCCCUGUGCCAUUUUUCUAUCUGUGAAUUGCGAACUAUGGUUUGAAUCAAAUUAAUCAUUGCCA